GUGGUCUUGCCGAUCGGUUGCGGUGAGAUCGUGUACUACGACACCAAGCGGUUCGUGGCCUACUGCAAGUGCAAAGGUCACGUCAAGUGCAGCAGAGAACGGAAGUCUGUGGCAGGCGUUCGGCCAGCAAUUGGACGGCCGCUUGGCCUACUUGCGGCUUGGCUGCGUGCGGGCGACAGUUGGCAUGAUAAGAAAGAGCAUUGCGACAUCGGCAUGAAGGCGAUCACCAUCGACGAUCGCAGGGAGGGCCGCCGCGAGAUCGAGCUCCUCGCAGAGCACGGGAACGCGGCCGCGGCCCAGCUGCUGGCGUCCGAGCGCGAGCUCAGACCAGGCGAGGGACCCGAGCCAACGAUGCCGCCGUGA